AUCCCUCUCUUAAGGCCCAAAGAGCAGCUGGCGAGAUUAGAGUGGAGAGGACACCAACACACACACUCAAACACUCACACACUCACAGCAACACGGCCAGCCAGGAUAGAUCCGGUUCAGAUUCAUCCGGCUAGGAUCACCUCAACUGGGCCCCUCAUGUCCGUGGAUCUCCAGCAACCUCACGGUGGACUUUGUCUUUUGUUGGAACCUCUACUCCCACACACCUACUUCAUUUUGGGGUCCAGACUGAAUCGCAUGCAACUCAAGAACUGGUCUUUCUGUGGUUGUUUAAACUCAUACUGACCGGUCUGUGCUAACUACACUUUGGCCAUGAGCUGUUUUGGGUACCGCCGAGAGUUGAGUAAGUACGAAGAUGUCGAUGAGGACGAGCUCUUGGCUUCCCUCAGCCCUGAAGAGCUGGCUGAGUUGGAAAAGGAGCUGGUAGACAUUGAUCCUGAUGCCAACGUGCCCAUAGGACUUAGACAGAGAGACCAGACGGACAAGACCCCAACAGGCACCUUCAGCAGAGAGGCCCUCAUGAAGUAUUGGGAAAACGAGACACAGAGAUUGCUGGAGGACGAGAUAGGUGGAGGAAGCCCCAAACAGGAUGAAGAAGAAGAGGAGGAGUGUGUGACAGACGAAAACAGCGGGGCAGAGGAUGAAAAAGAUGUUGAAAAUGAGAAAGAACAGAACAAGCACGAAACACAAAAGCAGAAGGAAGACGAAGAUGAAGAGGAAGAGGAAGAGGAGGAAGAGGAGAGUGAGGAAGAGGAGGAAGCUGUAACAGAGGAGGAGGAAGAUCAGGAGGAGGAGGAGGAGGAGGAGGAGGAGGAACAAGGUAAUAUAUUAAAACCUGAACCCUCAAAGGAUUCUGGGGCUUUGAUGUCACAGGCCGAAACCCCAAUGCUACUGAAGCCGCAGAGGGUGGAGCCUAUGAGACUGACUCCUCCCCCUCCACCUGCCGACCUGAACGCGACCGGAAACCCAACAGUUGUCGACGAAGCUCUCCAACAAGCUCUUAGUGACGACCCUGAACUCACAGAGGUUAAUCUCAACAACAUUGACGAUAUCUCACAGGAAACCCUAAUCCGAUUUGCUGAAGCACUGAGGUCCAACACACACGUUCGGGUCUUCAGCCUCGCCAACACCCGGGCCGACGACCCUGUGGCUCUGGCCAUUGCUAAGAUGCUGAGGGAGAACUCGUCCAUCACUAGUCUGAAUAUAGAGUCCAACUAUGUGACUGGAAAAGGUGUGAUGGCGCUGGUUCAAGCACUUCCUGGAAACAACACCCUGACUGAGCUUCGGUUCCACAAUCAGAGACACAUGUGUGGAGGACAGGUAGAGAUGGAGAUGGUGAAGAUACUGAGGGAAAACUACACUUUGAUCAAGCUGGGCUACCAGUUUAACCUGCCUGGUCCCAGGAUGAGCAUGACGGGGAUCCUCACCAGGAACCAGGACCGCAAGAGACAGAAACGGCUGCAGGAGCAGAAAAAACAGCAGCAGCAGAGCCAACAGGGGGCGCCAGAUGGAGCUGUUAACCCCAGAACCACUGCACUGAAAGGAACUCCUCGUUCAUCACCUUACAGCUCACCCAGAGCCUCACCUUGGUCCUCACCCAAACUUCCCCGGAGUGACCUGGCUAAAAAACAUACUCCUCCUGCUCCACCUCCUCCCCCUCCACCACCUCCUCCUCCCCCACCUCCCCCCCCAUUGCCGGCUCCCCCACAGCGGGAGAAGAAGCCCACCAGGAUGAUUGCGGAGGUCAUCAAGGCACACGAGGCAGGCAGCAAGAAGAUGAGAAAGACAAAAGGUAAGAAGGGCAAGAAGGGGAAGGAGUCGGGAAAAGAAGAGACGAGUAGCAUCCUGAAGGAGCUCAAGAACGCGCUGAGGCCCGUGUCAGUGGAGCGGCGAGGGGAGGAGCACAGCAGGCCGUCCACGCCAAUAAGGUCAGCCCACGACCAGCUGAUGGAGUCCAUUCGCAACAGCAGCACCUGCCGCCUGAAACGGGUGGAAGUCCCACAUUAUCUACGAUAAUACAAGCAGACGUAAAAGGGGUCUCUUCGUUGCCAUGGAAAUUGGGGAGUCUGCAUAAUGAUGAUGAUGAUGAUGAUGAUGAUGAUGUUAAUGGAGUGAUGAAAGGACAAGAUGAAAACAUGUUGGUGGUGCUUAGCAGGCAAAAACUGAAUUCUUAUUCAUGAAAAAGAAAAUAUACUGGAAAUUUGCACUGCAGUAACAGCUUUACAAGUUGUUUUUUUAAAGUAUUCAAGUAUACUUGGAAAUGGUAUUUGUAUUUUAAUUUUGAAAUGAGUUGACUGAGCAGUUUACUGAUAUGUUUUCUAAUUCACCGUUUUCUUGUAAAAUUGUAAAUACGAUCUGUUGCUGGUUGAAUUAUGUGUUCAUUUCUAAAUAUAACCAUUUGGUGUUUACAAUA